CUCUCUCUCACAACCAUGGAUUUCAUGAUAGAGGUGAAUCACCAGAGGAUCAAAACCAACGGAAUAUGGCUUCAUGUAGCAGAAAAAGGGACAGGUCCUCUGGUUCUCUUGCUUCAUGGCUUCCCAGAACUCUGGUAUUCCUGGCGCCACCAGAUCGAAUACUUGGCGGAAAACGGCUACCACGUGGUGGCGCCGGAUUUGAGAGGUUACGGCGACUCUGACGCUCCUCUCAACCCCAACUCCUACACCAUCUUCCACAUAGUUGGAGACCUCAUCGGCCUACUUGAUCAUUUUGGUCAACAAAAGGCAUAUGUGGUGGGACAUGAUUGGGGAGCAGUUGCUGGUUGGAAUUUGAGCUUGUUUAGGCCUGAUAGAGUCAUAGCGCUGGUUAAUCUCUCAGUUCCAUACUUUCCACGAUCUCCAACAACCAAAACUACCGAAGCCAUAAGACAAAUUUUUGGUGAAGGAUGUCAUGUAAUUCAAUUCCAGGAACCGGGAAGAGCGGAGAGAGCGUUCGCGAGGUAUGACUAUAUGACGGUGAUGAAGAAGUUCCUGUUGAUAACCAAUAAUAUGAUAGCUCCUCCGGACAUGGAGUUUAUCGAUUACCUGGAGACACAAUCUUCACUGCCGGCAUGGCUAACUGAAGAGGAUAUCCAGGUCUUUGCCGAAAAAUUUGAGGAGUCUGGAUUCACCGGUCCUUUGAACUACUAUCGCGCAAUGGAUCUGACUUGGGAGCUGCUUGCGCCCUGGCAAGGAUCGAAAAUCAUGGUACCCGUUAAGUUCAUGAUCGGUGACAAAGACUUCGGGUUUAAAUCAGGUGGAACAAGUGAAUUUGUGCAAGGUGAUGAGUUCAGGAGCCUUGUCCCGGACCUGGAGGUGGUUAUUGUGGGCGGCCACCAUUUCAUCCAACAAGAGAACCCUCAAGAAGUCUCCUGCCAAAUACUUUCCUUCCUCCGUGAACAUCCUGCAGAUCAGUGAAACGUGUUAGUGUGUUUCUGCGUCAAUGAUAAUUUCUGCAUUCUGUAUAAUUGUUGUUCUUCUUAAGACAUGUUAGAAAUCUGUUUAUAACCUCAUGUGAUCGCUACUGGUGAAGUUUUCAUGGAAUUCUAGGGUAGGGACAACAUUGAUGCGGAUCAUAUCAUCGAGGAUGAUAUCGAUCAAUUUUCAAUGUUAAGGAUUAAAGUGAGAAGUUCUGUAAACUUCUUUGGAUUCAAUUACAAUAAAAAAUCAACUAGUUAGUUUGAGGAA